UAUAUUGGAGAUUAACUUCUUUUUGUUUAAAAUUUAAGAGUAACCAGAUGAAACAGAUGGAUGAAGUAAAAAUUUCAAAGAAGAGUAAAGUUGGGAUCCUUCCAUUUGUUGCUGAAUUUGAAGAGUUUGCAGGCCUUGCUGAAUCAAUUUUCAAAAAUGCAGAGCGCCGAGGAGACCUAGAUAAAGCCUAUAUAAAACUUAUCAGAGCUGUUUUUGUCAGCGUUGAGAAAGUGGCAAAUGAAAGCCAGAAAACACCAAGGGAUGUGGUGAUGAUGGAGAACUUUCAUCAUAUUUUUGCAACACUUUCUCGCUUGAAAAUUUCUUGUCUUGAGUCUGAGAAAAAGGAAGCCAAGCAGAAAUAUACUGAUCAUCUUCAGUCUUAUGUAAUCUACUCACUUGGACAGCCUCUUGAGAAAUUAAAUCAUUUUUUUGAAGGUGUUGAAGCUCGUGUGGCUCAAGGGAUACGUGAAGAAGAAGUAAGUUAUCAGUUGGCUUUCAAUAAACAAGAGCUUCGGAAAGUUAUAAAGGAAUAUCCUGGUAAGGAAGUGAAGAAGGGAUUGGAUAACCUCUACAAGAAGGUAGACAAACAUCUCUGUGAAGAAGAGAAUUUACUUCAGGUUGUGUGGCAUUCUAUGCAAGAUGAGUUUAUACGUCAGUACAAGCACUUUGAAGGGCUGAUUGCUCGCUGCUAUCCUGGAUCAGGAAUUACUAUGGAAUUCACUAUACAAGAUAUUUUAGACUACUGCUCCAGCAUUGCACAAUCUCACUAAAAAAAAGAGAAGCUAGCAAAAUUUGUGCCUGGGUGUAAGGGAAUCAAACACUAUAAAUGCAAUUUGUUUUAAAGGGUGAAAAUAUAUGUACAUGUAUAAUUACUUGUCCGAUGUCAAGACGUUCUUAUUUCAAAUGUCCUUCAGUGUAAAAUGAAACCUUCAGUAACUGGUUCUCCUCCUGUUGGGUUGAAGUACUGUUUGAAAGCAUUAAUUCUGUGAAACACUCUGGAUCUAGGGUUUUUUUUUUCCCCUCCCCUAAUGUCCGGAUAUAUUUAUUUAUAAUCCCUUUUCU